CAAUGCUCCAGAAUGAUGUGGAAUUUACACAGAGAAAAAGUGAAUAAGAGAAACACCUGACUGGAAUAUCCACAUUGCUUGGAUAUACUUUUAGAAGGGUGUCUGUCACAGCAAUGGCCAAUGACAAGGCAAUUUUGUCUGACAGUGAAAGCAGAGAGCUACUGGAAGUUGUACCUAUAAAAGAAAAAAUGUUUUUUAUCAUAAAGGUAACACUUGGACUAAAUAAUGUAGAAAUAUAACAUCAGAAUACAGUCUUAAUAUGAAGAGAAAUGGUUGUGUAAGAGUGACAUUACCUGUGUCUGUAAGGAACAACAAAAGUGUCAAAUCCAAGAGAGUUAUAUGCACUUAUAUAAACUAUACUUUUCCUGAAUAUAUUUGUAUUUUGCCGAAUAACUGUUAUUUCACUAAAUCUACGCAGGGCUUUAUGUUGAAAACUCUUAUUUUCCUUACUACCAUGGAUAUUUUAGUGAAGAAACAGAAAACCUCAUAAUAUGAAGAAGUCCUUCUCCCUCAAAGUCACUGCAAACUACUACAAAUUUAUCUUUGUACAUAUUUAAUCCAUGAAAAUAUUCCCUGCUUAAAAUGCUAAAUUGUUGCUUGCUCUAGAAUGCAUAGAUCUAUGAAAUCCCUUGUUUCCCAUGUUUCCGUUCAACCCUCCCAACUCGCUGCAGCUUAAGCACUCCUGUUUACUCUGUGACUCUGCACAAACACUGUAAAACUACUCUGUGCUCCACAAUGGCAAGUUACAAUAUCGUAGUCACACCUGAAGUCAGAAUCUGUGUUUUUGAGGCUGUCUUUGGACUACAUAGGCAGACAUGAACCUUCUCUAGUUUCACAAAAACAUGUGACCCUAGUAACCAAGCAAAGGCGAUAAGCAGAACACACCCUCUGGACACAAUCUUCUUUCUUCUUUGUGCAACUUUUUUCCGCAUUUAUAGCAGAACUCCCCAAAACCAGCCAACAGACUUUGAUGUGUAAAAUCAGUGAAUCACUGUAUUGUGAAACUGAUGAUGACUCAGUCAGAUGAUUCAUUCGGCUGCAAAUGUCCUCAACUUGAAUAGACAAGAAUAUAUAAAUAAUUCAAGAAUAAUCAAAUAAAUAUAUCAUUUAAGUUAAUAAUAAAGAAAUGAUUGUAUCUUUCGUGGCUAAACCUCUAUACCUAGAUUAUCAUCACAUCUCUCUGAAAUGCAAUUUUGCACAGUUGUUCUUGCAUGAAAUUUGUCAGUGUGUCAAGCUGACAGCUUUCGUGGGUAAAAAAAAAACUUGCGUGAGUUUGUCGAUGAUGCAGAUACACCAAAGGUUGUGCAAAAUGUGUAUAAGUCAAAUAUAUACAGAAAAAUCUAUCUUUGUUAUGUUUAAAGCACACUACAGUCCUUCUGGAAUGUGACUUAUUGUGAAAUGAGUUGUGUUUGCACUUUGGUAUAGUUUCUACACUUAGGUUUCCAGCAUUUUACUUCCUAGCUGUGGCCACAGUGAUGCUGUGCUCUUCCAGUCUCACACUAUGAAGGCUGAGGUCGUGAUAUAGGUCAUGUAACUUUAUAUAUUUUAUCUGAGAUCCUCUCACUGUUCUGCUUCCUGUCUUUUCACUCAUUGUUGAACAUCGGCAGCACUGUGUAGCUUUCUACUUUUACCACAGCAGUUGUAGUUCUGCAAACUCCCUUUGAGGCCCAAGCACAAAAUACAGGCACAAAAUAACAGCUAUCAUCUCUACACAACAGAUAAUAUCAGAUCUCUUUCUGUGCACAGCUCCUCACUGCAGACACAGAUGGACAGAUGGUCCGCUGAUAAUGAUGAAAAGGGUUAACAUUUGUAUUUACAGUUUUGCCGUUAGAAGAAUAUAUGCUGCAGCUCAGAUGGGGUUCUUUUUAAUUCUGCUAUUCCAAUCAGAAAACCAAAUUAAACUUUUAGAUGUGCUGAAACAAGCAGACGUUAUUCACUUGACCCCUUCAGUUUUCAGACCGUUUAUUCAUGUGAAGGUGAUACCGCUUGUUGCCUAGUUUCCUCCUACUGGAAAAACAUCCACUUGAUAUCACAAAACGGGUACUACCAUUUCCUCUUUAAAAUCCCACGACUUUAACAUCAUUUUUGAAGUAGUCAUGCCUGAUCUGUGUGAAAGAAACUGCCACUGCUUUCCUGUAUGCAAUUUUCAGGCAAUAUUUAUAUCCACUUCCUCCUUUUUCAGACAUGUAUAUUCCAAACUGUGGGUUGGGCAAUUGUAGACAGUUACAUAGCGAGCAAGUAGAGUUGGAAAUUGCUUGUGUGCUGAUUAAGGUGACAUGCCAUCACAUGCAAACAACAAAGAACGAGGAAGGUGUACUUCCCAUGACCACACCUCCUGAAGCGGACUCAUUGAUAAAGGACCUGCACAGUCUGCUGCAGGCCAGUCGUCACAAGCCAGCGACCUAUGUGAGUGUGGAGUUAUGGACCAGAAAGUGAACGUUGUUUCAAGGCAGCAGUGGGGAGCGGCUGAUCCUAAAAAAAAGGAGACUUUAAAAAGUCCGGCCGGGAAAGUUGUCAUUCACCACACUGCCCUGCCGAGCUGCACAGGCCUGGCAGAGUGUAAGACCCGCAUCGCCAGCAUUCAGAGAGGGCAUAUGAAAGAAAGAGGCUUUGAUGAUAUUGGAUAUAAUUUUCUGGUUGGAGGAGACGGCACUGUGUAUGAAGGCCGUGGCUGGGGCGUGGUAGGGGCACAUGCCAAAGGCCACAACAGUGACUCACUGGGGAUCGCCUUCAUGGGCAAUUUCAAUAAUGAGGCUCCAAGCAAAGAGGCAAUACAGUCUGUCAAAGGGCUGCUGCAGUCUGGAGUUUCCCAGAGCUUCAUAGCACCAAAGUUUGGCCUGUUUGGGCACAGAGAUCUAGGAAAGACAGAAUGUCCAGGAGAAAAGCUUUACGCUGCAAUACAACAACUGAAGUGAACGUGACGCUCACAGCAGAUUUCUCAGAAUGUUUUCAAGGGGAAAUUCUUUCCCAGCCUUCAAUUGCACACAAAUCUUCACCAGCACCUUCUUAGUCGUAGAUACGGAAUAAAUAGGGUGAUGGGAUAUAGAAGCUUUACAGAUGAAACACUAACUGUCUGAUGUCUUUUUUUUUAUAAAUAUGUAUUUUUAGCGUGGAUUUCUUCUUAAUUAAAGGAAGUUUUGUGCUCACAGCCUGUCAGAAGUUUCUCUUACAGCAGAGGGAGCCACCAGAUGGGAUGAGGCUGAUAGAUUCAGCAGUCUAUCAGUGCAAAAUCCAAAGUUUACACACUGACACUGUAACACUGAAAUCCAUAGGUUAUGUUAAAGUAUUUCUUAUUAUUUGAGUGCUUUCCUUUAAUUGAGUUACAAGAGUGCAUUACAUUUUACUGAACAAAACUUGCUUUGUGGUGUAAAUAAACACUCCCAUGAAUUUAACCUGUUUAAAUGUGAUAUUCCUGGUCUUUUGGAAAUAAAUAGCACUUAUCAAUAACGUGA